CGACCCAAAGGAAAACCUUUUAGCGCCAAGGAGGCUAUGAGCCGCGCCGAUCCGCAGCCUCCUUCCCGGAAGCGGAAGCUCAGGGGGCGGGACAAGGGAGGUCCGGACCUCUCGGCGGUUAAUUCUUUUUUUCUCAAGUAUUCGUUUCCCUACGCCUGGGCUCUUCUGAGGCUGAGAGAAAUGGUCAGGUCCGGAUCUCGACCGGGCCAGGUGAUAUCUUCAGGAAGGCAGCCUGGAGCCAAGUUACCAAAUGGAAAGAAAGGGACCCACGUAAGAAAAAUAGCACAUUUUAAUGUAGAUCCCGCCUGUCCUGUUCAUUCUGAUUCAGAAAGUCAGACGGACACUGUCCAGGGACUUGACGGUUGUGCUUCUUUGCUGCGGGACAUUUUGAAAAAUGAAGAUUCAGGCUCAGAAAUGGCAUAUUCGGAAAACAGAUGCAAUUCUAAACCUUUAGAAGGCAGAAAGAACAGAUCUAAAAAGAAAGGGCCUGAAAAACACAUUCCUUCAGUGGUCCGAAAGGAAAUAUUAUCAUCAGAAAAUAGGAACUGGAUAUCUAACGAAGCUUCUACUGGGAGUGACACAGCCCAGCGCUGCUCACUACAAGAUCAUUAUAGAAUGUACUCACCCAUAAUAUACCAAGCCCUCUGUGAGCAUGUGCAGACGCAAAUGUCACUGAUGAAUAGCUUGGCUUUAAAAAAUGGUCCCAAUGGAGUACAUGCUGUGUGCCAUACCAUGUCUAAUUCAGGCUCUCGGGCAACACCACAUUCUGGUUUUGGCUGUUCUCCUUCCACUUCUGUCUGGCCACCUCAGCAGCCAUCCUGCCCCCUAAUGGUCCACUCUGAAGUUCAGACUGAUGCUGAUAACCAGUUUGAAUCACAAAGUCAAGCGACCUCUGUGAAGUAUGGUGAUGUUCCCAGGGAUCCGUUUAGAGUCCAUCCUGGAGUUGCAUGUGGCCUUCCCCACGCUGACAGUCCAGCUGUUGCAAAGAGUCGGCAGCUGGAUCUUGCGAGUUGUAUUCUGCCCCAACAGAGAGCUCCUGAGGAAGCAGAGUUCCUAAAGUGCUUCCAAACACACACAGCUCUGUUUCCAGCUCACGGGAAGGACGCUCUCUCGGACAGUCAGGCAUACCAAAGUCCCUCUCAGUUACAGCCAGCCUUCUUGGCCACUAAUGAAGAAAAAUGUGCCAAAGAACAAAUUGAAGAGGACACAAAUGAAGGAAAGCAUUUAAGCACACAUGUGCAAGAUGCAAAAAUAGCCAAGAAUGUGCAGCAGGCAGAAAAUGUGAGCCAGACUGCUGAAAAAGUCAGACUUGCCAAGUGCUUGUUGGGAGAGCUCAAGGCCCUGAUGGAAGAGGACUCAGAAGUUCAGAGGUUGGUGACAGAAGUAGAGGCGUGCAUAUCUGGACUUUCAGCAGUGGGUGGCCACCCAAAUGUGGAAGUUGAAAUAGCCCUGGCCCUGCAGCCCCUGAGAAGUGAGAACGCUCAGCUGCGGAGGCAACUGAGAAUUUUGAAUCAGCGCCUCCGAGAACAAGAGAAAACCGAAAAGGGACCUGGUAACCUUGAAUUGUUUUCCCUUCAGUCGCUGAAUAUGUCGCUGCAGAAUCAGCUGCAAGAGUCGCUGAAGAGCCAGGAGUUACUACAGAGUAAAAAUGAAGAGCUCUUAAAAGUGAUAGAAAACCAGAGAGAGGAAAACAAAAAAUUCACCACUUUAUUUAAAGACAAAGAGCAGACUCUGCUUCAUAAUAAACAGCAGUUUGACAUUGAGAUGACCAGGGUGAAGAUGGAGUUGGAGGAAGCCUUGGCCAAUGAGAAGAACUCGCGGUUUAAGCUAGAGACUGCAGAAAAGGAAAGUCAGAUACUGGGAAUAACACUGCGCCAGCGAGAUGCUGAGGUUGCACGACUUAGAGAAUUAACCAGAACUUUACAGAACAGCAUGGCCAAGCUGCUCUCUGAUCUCAGUGUGGAUACUGCCCGCUGCAGGAUGGGGAAUAGCCUCACCAAAUCACUUCUCAAUGUCUAUGAUCAACAACUUCAACAGGACCCAGCCCCUGCUCAGACUUCCAUAAUGAGCUACCUCAAUAAAUUAGAAACAAAUCACAGCUUUAUACAUUCAAAGCUGCUUAACAAUGAGGCAGCCAUAGAACCAGACAGACUCUGUGAAAGUGUGCUGCCCUCACAAAGGCCUCCCCAUAGUGAUGCAGGGACAGCAGAUGGGGGCUCUGCAUCUGGAACUGUCUCUGCUGCUUCAGUGGAGGAUUUCGAUAUGGACUGUGAAACCCUCACUGUAAUAGAAGAUGGGUGUAACGUGGACAGUACAGUUUAUAUCCCCUUUGCAAGAAGCACUUCUAAAAAGCACUCGCCACUUUGUAAGAGACUAUCCCCCCAGCCAAAGCUGAGUGUUGCUGCAGCACAGCUAGUCAGCGGCAGUGCACAGGCCUCUAAAAGAGAAAGUAAGCCACGUGCACCUGCAGUUUGUUCCUCACGAAAUGAAGCAGAAGAUGCACCCGGAGAUCUUUCCAGCACGUAUGACACAGAGGACAUGCAGCUCCUCAGGAAAAUCAAAGAAGCUAUUGGUAAGAUCCCUGCUGCUGCCGAGCACGCAAAGGAUCAGGCCACACAUCAUGGCCCAUCAGCUCAGCCCAGCCCCGGUGUUCCAGUGAAGGGCAGUAUUAUUCCUGACAGCAGCUUUCUCAAUUCUGACUUGAUGUCAGACUGGAGCAUCUCCUCUUUCUCAACAUUCACAUCUCAUGAUGAACAGGACUUCAGAAACGGCCUGGCAGCACUGGAUGCCAAUAUUGCUCGACUUCAGAAUUCCUUAAAGACCGGCCUUCUGGAGAAAUGAGUCUGGGAGAGACUGACGGAGUGCUUUUCUUAAAGAGCAGAACUUAUUCAUAGUGUAUUUUGGGUUCCCCUAGAGAGAACACUUUUUAUUAUUAAUUAUGUAUGAAAUAAUAAGUAAAUUUACUGUUAGAAUAUUUUAACACCUGAAGGUUAUAAAAAAAUUCUUAUACAAACCAACAGUUGCUGAGAGAAGAAAGUUGUAGAUCAGCAAGUACUGCGGUGCGUUACUUGACAGCUUGAGCUUCACAGAGAGUUCCUCACUGUGCGACUGCUGGGUCACUGGUGCAGGUACCGAGGAUUUCUGGCUGGCUGGAAGGAGAAUAGGAAAGGAGUCAGUACUGUUUAAAGUUUCCUCUCUGCUUUGGAAUAGUUGUAGUUUGUUUCAUGAUAGUGUGCUUGUGUAUGGGAAUACUGUGUUACAAGCUAGGGCUGUCUAUGGCGUGCAUUAACAUUUCAGAGAGAAAAGAUGCCGGUGUACCCACCUCAUACAAAGCAUUGAUUUGUCCAGGGAAAUACCGAUGAUUGGUUAAUAUAUGGUCCUUAAAUCUUGGGCAUUUUAUUGAUAUUUGUCCUGAAUGCAUGUUUUAAGACCUUUGAAAAUAAAGUCCGACUGAUAAGGUAAUGCUAAAUAACCAAGUUUUACCUUAGUAAUUUUGUUUUUUAGUAAGAAUUAUUGGGUUUUCCUUAAUGUCUUUGGAAAUGAUGGAGUUUUUCAAAUCUCAGCACUGGGGGUAACUCUGCCGUUCUGACCCGAUUCCCCAUCAUUUAGCUGAGAACGCUGUUCUAUAAUUAACAGACUAUGUUGCCCUCUCUGCUUCCUAAUACCAGCCCUUUGGCCUAUCUUGCCAUAUAGCCCAAGAUGACUUCCGACAUUAGAUCUUCCUCCCUCAGGCUCCUGAGUGCAAGCCCCAGCAGUUCUUACUCACCUGCUAUUAUGGCUUUCUGUUAAACACAGAUUAACUCUUAGACACCAAGUCUUGCCCUGUCAGUAACUCUCGGUACAUGUUACCUGCCUGGUGGAGUUGAAUUUGGUUCUUGGACAGCCUCUGGCGUUCGAGUAGUCUGCUGGUUCCAAAUUUUCUCCUGCUUCUACAACCUCUGGAGGACCCUGCGGGACUACUUAAUAUUGCUUAGGCUUUAUGGGGAGGGCUCUUUUUUGUUUGUUCUAGGUUCUAAAUGUAUUAAAAUGAAUUGUAAACUAUUUUAAAGACUUAUUAACAUUUUAAAUAUACUUCCUUCCAGUAUU